AUGUUUCGCACAGCAUUAGCACGUCUCGCACAGCUAGAACAAGCACAAACCAGUUCAUUCAAUGAGCAACAACAACAUUCUGUCUUUAAAAGAAGAGCACCUCCACCACCGCCCAUAGAACAAGACGAUGAUGGAAAUUUACCAUGUGUUGAAUGGAGACAGCCAAAAUAUAACGUAAAAGCGGAACCAGUUAUAGUUUCACCUGAAAUACAGUUACCAUAUCGUCAACGCUCAUUAACAACGCCUCCAGUAAACCGCAUUAAACCAAAACAGAGAGCAACAGUUUGCGAAAUAGUAGAGCGUGAAAACGUGAACGAUAGUCAGAACAAUAACAAUAAUAGUUUAUAUCAGCCGCAUGCAUUUCAUCAACAUCCGAUAGUUGUUCCAAUACGUAAUCCAAAUCAAUAUUCAAAAGUACCGUACCCAUUACUUGCUGAACCAGUUAUGUCAUCACAUCGGCAGACUUCUAAAAUGCGAGCUCAGACAAUGAUGACGAAAAAGGACAAAAUCUCACGUUAUAAUUUAAAUAAUGCUGACAAUCAUCGUUCGAAUCACGAUAUUCGCACACAGUCCUUUCUUGAAUAUUCAAAUGACUAUUCAUCAUUUGAUCGAAAAUAUACAUUACAAGCAGCAAAAUCACAUGAAGAUCUUUCCUAUGAUAAUCAACCUUAUAUUGGUAGUGAUGAUGAUAUUAGUCACACUAACGAGAAUACAAUGCCACAUAGUUAUAGUUCAGCAUCAUCAUCAUCUACGUUACCAAAUAUGAAUCGUCCACGUUUAACAAGAACUCAGAGUCAAAACGCAGCAACGGAUGAUAAUGUACAACAGUCUAAUAUUAGCAAUAAUACAUCGACGUUAAAGAGUAAUGAGAAACAUUCAUUAAAAGUUCCAUUAUUUCAUCGUGUUAGAAAUAUUAUAAAGAAAAAAGGACCUGAUAUACCAAUACAAGAACCACAACAAUCAAUAAUAUCAACAAUUAUGUAUCCAUCCGAACAACCGACAAUAGAGCAUACAGAACGUUAUAAACAUUUAUUUAUGAGUAAUAAUAAUAAUAACAAUAAUAAUAAUAAUAAUAAUAAUACUAAUAAUAAUAAACCAACAACAACAAUUAACAGUAAUAAUUCUAAUCGACCAGUUCGCUUUCAUUUCUUCGGUGAAGUAAUUAAUUUGAAACGGACCAAAAAUAGUGAACUAGUAGUUACAAAAGAAAAACCAUCAAUCACUCAUGAAAAGGCAAUUGCAAAAGAAUCGACUAGUUCGACGGUAUCGACACAGUCUUUCCUUCAACGUAAACGUAAUGAAAUAAUGAAAAAAUUGUCUAAAGUUCAAAAAGACGAAAAGGAAGUAACAAAUGAUAAUAAAGAUUUAUUAAUCAAAUCAAAUAGAAAAUGGAGAGGCAAAACAAUAAUAGGUGGCAUUUCUUCAACAAAUAAUACAUCUCCAUUUCGAAAUCCAAUUAAAAUACAUGAAAUACGUUCAUGGACCAAACAACUUCCUGAACAACGUAUUCGAGACGAAUAUGAAAAAUUACCAAAAGAAAUUCUUUAUCCGCGUCAUAUUGCACUUAAACCAGAAAAUAAAUUAAAAAAUCGAUUUACGGCAAUUGAAGCAUACGAUCAUUCAAGAGUUGUAUUGAAACAUGUGGGAAAUGAUUCCGCAAGUGAUUAUAUUAAUGCUUGUUAUAUCGAUGGAUCUAAAACACAAAAUAUGUAUAUUGCUGCUCAAGGUCCUACUGAUCAUACAGUGUAUGAUUUUCUAUGGAUGAUAUGGCAAUUACGUAUACAAUAUGUUAUUAUGAUAACAAGAUUGUUCGAAGAAGGUAAGAACAAAUGUUCACAAUAUUGGCCUGAUGAGGGCGAACAGAAGUUGAAUGAUUUACGUAUUAGAUUUGAAUCGGAAGAUAAAUAUGCUGAUUACACAAUUCGUCGAUUAUCCAUUUAUAUGCAAUAUGAUCCGUCUGCUGUUUUAACAUUUAAACAAUAUCAUUUUCUAACUUGGCCAGAUCACGGAGUUCUGACACUACCAACCGUUAUACUUGAUUUUAGACAACGGUUUCGUGAAGAUUAUAUAACAAAACCACAUGUUCCCAUUUUAGUACAUUGCAGCGCUGGUAUCGGUCGAACAGGAACAUUUAUUGGUUUAGAUUCAUUACUUGAAUUGUCAUUACAACAAGAUACAAUCGAUGUACUAGAAUUUACCUACUCAAUGAGAAUGAAGCGUGUACAUAUGAUUCAAACAGUGGAUCAGUAUGUAUUUUUAUAUCGUGCAUUAAUCGAAGGUAUUCUAACGUGUAAUACGAAUAUACCAGUGCAAGACUUUUCAACAAAAAAAAUGAAAAUAGAUAUUAAAACACAAUAUAAACUUCUGGAACAGUUUCAAUCAACAAUUGAAUUAAAUUAUCGAAGUGCACUAGAUCCGAUUAAUAUUAAUAAAAAUCGAUCGGAUGCUAUAUUAGCAUGCGAUUCUGGUCGUCCAUAUUUAAUGACACAAGUUGAUAAAUGUACAGAUUAUAUAAAUGCCGUUUAUGUCAAUGCUUACAGACAAGCACCCGUCUAUAUUGUGACGCAAUAUCCCCUACCAACGACAAUUAUUGAUUUUUGGAGAUUAAUUUAUGAUCAUAACAUUAAUAUAAUUAUGCUGUUAGAAUUGAUACCACGAGACGCGAAAAAUCCUCCAUAUUGGUUGAAUGCUGUUGGUCAGUCAAUGUUGUGUGGUCCCUUUGAAGUUUCAAUGAUGUCAAUCAAAGAAGAUGAUGUACUCAUCGAAAGAUUAAUCGAUCUAAAAUAUAAAACUAAUGGACGAUCAAAAACAAUUCGCCAUUUUCAAGUGAAAGAACACAGUCGUUUAUUAUCAAUUGCAAAAAGAUUUUUAAAAGAAAUGAGAUCACGAACAGAUAAUGUCCUAUUACAAUGUUUGAACGGUUUAACAUGGUGUGGAUAUUUUGUCGGUUUAUGCAAUGCUAUUGAUAAAAUGCAAACCGAACAAUAUGUUGACGUAUUUAAAACUGUUAGACUUAUUCGAGCUAAUAGACCACAGUUUAUUGAUCAGGCAAGCUUUUUGCUCAGUUCAAUUCAUUAA